ACCAGGAAGUGAAGGUCAUGUGAAUUUGAAAACGGUGUGAUCAGAGCUUUUGUGAGUGUGAUGGUCAGCUGCGGUGUGUAAACAGGUGUUGUUAUGUGUGUGUGUUCUUAUGACAGGGGCUGUAUGAAUGGAGAUACACAUGGAUCGAGCUCUCAGGUCGCUAUUAUUGCUCCUGUUAGUUCAGAUACCGGCUUCAUUUAGUUAUACAGACGCCUCCGGUGGAGAUGAUGGAGGAUGGGGAAUGGAAUUCAGUAUGGAGGAUGAAGGCGAAUGUAACAUUGAGAUCCGAGAUGUUAACUCGAUAACACACAAUGAAUUUAUUAAAGAGUAUGCCUACACAAAACCUGUAAUACUCCGAGGACUCACAGAUAACACAGUAAGAAGUGUGUUUAUACUAGAGAAGUCUACAGUUAAAAGGGCUUGGUUCCUCAGAACAGCAGCGUCUAGAGGUGAAAUAAAAACAAAUUUCCGCUUCCUGUGUUCCAAAUCCAGUCUGUUGAGAGAUUACGGAGAGAAAACCGUCCGUCUCAGCACUGCCAAUACACACUCAUACAGGAAAGUGGAUGUGCGGUUUGAAGAGUUUGUAAAGUUUCUGUUGACCCCUCAGUCCGAGAACACCCUCGGCAGUGAUACGCUGUACUUCUUCGGGGACAAUAACUUCACCGAGUGGCAUUCUCUGUUUGACGAGUACAAAGCGCCACCUUACACUCUUCCUCAAAUGAGCCCUGCAUAUAGCUUUGGGAUUGCUGGACCUGGUACUGGCGUCCCGUUUCACUGGCACGGCCCCGGCUAUUCUGAAGUUAUCUACGGCAGGAAGCGCUGGAUCCUGUACCCCCCUGACCAGGCACCCGAGUUCCACCCCAACCACACCACUCUCUCCUGGGUCACUCUCUCAUACCCGAACUUGGAGCUCCACCAGAGGCCUCUGGAGUGCACAAUAAGACCAGGAGAGGUGCUGUAUUUUCCAGAUCGUUGGUGGCAUGCAACCCUUAAUCUAGACACCAGCGUCUUCAUUUCAACUUUUCUGGGUUGAUGUCAUGGCACAUCUGUAUUUACUUGAAGGACCGAUCAGAACAUUUGCUCAGAGAUCAACAGCAAGACAAAGUCCAGACUGCCAUCCUUCCAUGGACUUGAAUGUAUUGUAUAAAAGCUCUUUUUAAUGAAAGAAUUUGAAAACA